AUGUUGACUUACCACCAAUACGCCGAAUCAUCCACCACCGCCCAGCACUCUUACUACUACCCCCAACACACCUCCCGCGCCGCAUACUCGUAUUCAUACUCCUACACAAACGACCACACAUACCCCUACUCACCACACUACCCCUACACCUCCCCCCGUCCCCGCUGGCGCACAAUCCGCGUCUUCGACCGGACCCCAGACUUCCACGCCCUCGAAUCCGUCGACCUCCGCUUCGCGAUCUCUGAACUCGUCGACAUUGGCGGGAUCCUCCUCCACGCGGAGUCCGAACUCGAAAAAGCGCGGCUGCGAGUAGAUCGCGAACGCCGGCGUCACGAUGCCGCGCACGGGCGGUCCUGUGAGCGCCAGCGGGGCCACCAGCGGGAGUGUGACUGGACUCGACGCAUCGCGGAGAUGGCGCUCGAAGCGGACGAUAUCAAGUUCAGCUCCGAGGUGCUGGCGGAUUGCUGGGUGAAGUACGUCGGGUUGCUGCGGAAGUACGAGUCGUUGGGGCAGCGGCGGGUGAGUGGGUUGAUCGAGGAUCGUGGACGUCGGCGGCUGCGGAGGAGCGGGAUCGAGGUUGAGGUCGAGGUUCCUAGGUUGGAUAAGGGGAAGCCGUUUCGGUAUGUUUCGCGGGAGAGCUGGACUCGGGAGAAGAGGGUUCCUGAGGGGGAUCGGGAGUGUUGUAGGGAGUAUAAGAAGGGACAUGGUAGACCGGAGGCGAAUACGGGGCGACGUCGGUCGGUGAGGUUUGCGGAUGAGGUUGGUGGCGGGAAGGGGUACUUUAAUGAAGGUGGGCGGAGUCGGAGGUGGUCGGUGUACUAG